ACGACGAUUUUCGUACUUUAAUUUGGUAUUAUACUUGGUAAAUCAUCUUUUGAGUAAAGUGUUUAAAACGCCUCAACAAGACAUAGGAGUUGCUCGUUUAUUCUGUUUUGCGCAGACUCAGUUGUAUCGCCGCCAUUUUUCUUUUUUCCCCAACGAAAGUUAAUUUUUGUACACAAAUAUGUUCUUUAAAAUGCGCAUGCAGACCACAAUAUUUACGUGGUGCGCAAGUAAAACGUCUUCACUUGUUAAAGUUGGCUUUGAAGACGUUCGUGAUUACAGUUUAAGUGGUAUUCCCAGCAUUAUGCGCAGGUCCUAUUGCCUAACAUCCAGGGUAUAAUGGCGAACAACAGCGCAGUCGCAUUGUGGCCAUGUCCCGUAGCUCUCAAAGUGAAAAUAUCUGCGCAUUUGACAGAUGCUGAGCAGUGAGGGCGGCAAAUGUGUGCAUGCAUACUUGGCAGUCGGAAGUACUGUGAAGAUCUAUAGAGGAUGGAAACUGCUAUCUCAGCUCCUUUACAGAUCUCUACAGGAACGAUAACCAUCAACCAAUCACACAUGAAUUCCGACGUGAUGAGUGAUGGGAUUAGUGAGCCAAGUUCUCCAGAAUCUACGACCUUUGACCCACAUGACCUGUUGGCAAAUGCUGUGUCAGAUGAUGUCACAGCUCAACUAGCAGCUUCAGGUAUAAUUGGAAAGGCUGCUGCAGCUGCUAUUGUCUCAGCUAAGAAACGAAAACGAGCACACCAUUUUGAAACAAAUCCUGCCAACAGAAAAAGACAACAAACUCGCCUUUUAAGGAAGCUGAAGGUGUGUAUUGAGGAGUACACGACGCGGGUAGGACAACAGGCCGUUGUUCUGUGCUGUACUCCCGGCAAGGCCUCGCAGUCAGGUGUCUCACUCAACUCAUAUAAAGUGUUCGGUUCUCAGCCGCUCGAAACUGUCAUCCGUAAUUGUCGUGGUAUGAUCAUGCAAGAUUUAGAGUCUGCACUGGCAGAACAGGCUCCAGUGAAUCCUGAUAAUUCUGGAAUGCAGGAGUUGCCUCCCUUAUCAAUUGAUGGUAUUCCAACAGCUGUAGAUAAAAUGACACAGGCCCAGCUUAGAGCAUUUAUUCCCCUGAUGUUGAAAUAUUCUACGGGCCGAGGAAAGCCUGGCUGGGGUAAGAUGGAGUACCGGCCAGUGUGGUGGCCCAACGACCUGCCGUGGGCCAAUGUCCGCAGUGAUGCCAGGUCUGAAGAGGAGAAACAGAAGGUUUCCUGGACUGAAGCUCUUAGAACUAUUGUUAAAAACUGCUACAAGAAUCACGGUCGUGAGGAACUACUGCACGCCUUCAGUGACGAGCUGAAUAUUACCCAUGCAUCGGCGUCACAGCAUCCCACCCAGUACAGCGGUACGAUGGUCCAGACCGUCAACAACCCUGACGGCACCAUCUCCAUUGUGCAGAUUGACACGGCUCAUGUGGGUAGCAUCGUCACACUUCCAGAUGGCACACAGGCUACAGUCGUACAUGCUAUCAACGACACUCAACAUGAAGCAUCCCAGGCUGUCCAGACAUUGGCUGAGGUGGCAACCAAUCAAAACAACAUGGGGGCCCAUGUGGCCACAGUGGUGAACCCCACCAUGGGCAUGCUCAACCACACUGCUGGCACGGUGAACACUCUCUCAGCGAUGGGCCAGGACGGGAACCAGCUCGUAUUUAACGGAGAGGUCGCUCUAGGCUCGGGAGAUUGUCCUUCAGGAGUGAUUACUAUUCCGGUAUCCCUGUACCAGAUUGUGGGCGCGCCAGGAGUUACGUAUACCUCAAACCAUAUGGACACCAGUCAACAGCAGAGUCUCACCGUUUCCAUGGACACAAGCCAAAUAGCCACCAUGCAGGUUCCCACAUCGUCUCUGAAUGAUGUGACAAAGAAUGAAUUGACAGUUUCUAGUGUUGAAGUAAUGCCAAUUGACCAGAACUCAUGACAUGCAUUUUAAUAAUAUUGUCUUGCUUUGCUAUAAUAUCAUUAAUGAAUAUAUGUGAAUGUAUAAAUUAAAUAUAUAUAUAUAUGUGUGUGUGUAAAUUGUGAAAUUUUAUCUAUUUAAGAUCUAGUGUAUAUUGAAAACUGCUGUCUGUCUCUGUGUAUAGAUAAUGGACAGCACAAAGUUAACUUGAAAGAACUUCUGAAAUGACAUAUUUUAAGGGUUCAGACACAAAUAACUAUAAAUCUUUAAAAAAAACACCCAGCAAGCCGCAGAUAUUAGCUUACAGUGCCACAUUUCUAAAAACAUUUUACUGUCUGGUGGUUAUAAAUAGGUCAUAAAUACAUUAAUGUCAGAUUUGCAGAAAUGUUUCAUCAAACAUUUUUAAAAAAUAAUAUAAAAAACACUAGAAAUUUCUAUCAACAUAAAAAUGGUUAGAAGAAAUAUAAGCAUUGAGAUCAGUCCCAAACCGAUUGCGCAUUAAGCGAGCGCUGUACCACUGGGCUACUUCCCACCCCUAAGCUUCUAUUAGUUCAGAAAACGUUUCUUAUUUUAAUAAAUGGAACCUUUCACUUCCAGUCUCCUGUUGCAUAGUGUUCAGAUUGUUACAGUACCAUAUAAAGUGGCAGAACAAAACACACUUUAAACUAAAUAUCAAUGUCUAAACCGGUGUUGCUGUUCUUGUAGAAAAUGUCUUGAAAUGUAGAUGAAACGUUAUAUUCACCAAACGUUUGAACUGUGUAAAAUCAAUGUUUGCUAUGUUGCUUUAAUGAUUAGUAUAAAUGUGCAAGAUAUUUGCAUUAACUAAGAAACCAAAGAAGUUGAAGAUACAAGAAAUAUUGGUGUUAAGCGAGCACACUUGCAUAAAAUGAUCUUGAGUUGGACACGUCUUUUGAAAAUGGCACAUUUUGCACCAUAUUUUUGAUGUAUCUAAAAGUUGAAAGGUGUUUGACUCGAAACCACUUUACCCUAAUAAUAAUCCAAUUGAUCUAGCUCUGGGUGAGAAAAAUAGUUCGCCAAAUUGUGUAUUAAACUUGAAAAAUUGCAGAAAUCAAGUUGUUUUCCAAAAAAAAAAUCAAUUAUUACAUUAAUUUUUUCCCCAAAUUAAAAUUCGCCAACUGCUUUCAAAAUUCGCUAGCCCUGAAGCUGCAUACCACUGUUACAUGAGGUAUGGCACUUUUAUUAAGCCCUUAAAGAGGUGCAAUUAUUUCAUUUCCCUUUGAUGUUCUAAUUACUGGGACCUGCUGUCAUUGUUCUAAAUGUGAAAUCAUGUGCAGGUGUAGAUAGAGCUAAGUUUGCAUUACAUCAUUCUUGAAUUCCAUAGUAUGAAAAAAGGAGUUCCCUAUGGGACGGACUAUAAGAUAUGACAGAAGGUGAUGAUACUAGUCAAACCAGUCAUUAGCCCCUGACCAUGCCACAGAUAUUUUAUUCCAGUACUGAUUGUUGUGAUCGCAUACAAUGAAUGAAGUUGCCAAAUAGGGUAAAUUAUUCAAAACAACCAUGUUGAGAAUAAAAUGUUCAACCAUG